AUGCAGCUCAUGCUCAAGCUCGCUCUGGCGGCCCUCGUCUAUGGCGUAGCCGACACGGCCAUUGUCUCGCUGUACUUCCCGGGCGCUCGCGUGGCCCCUAACGUCGCGCUCACCGCCAGCGGCGUCGACUCGGCGGGGCACACCACGUGGGCCAUCCGCCCCGCCACGUCCGCGGCGAUCCGCCGCACCUCCGGCAUCGACACCGCGCACCCCAGCGGGGCCACGUGCCCGACCGUCGUCGAAGACGCCCCGGAGUCCGACGUCCGUGACUCCUCCGCCGUGACGCUCCCCACUGCGGCGAUCGGCGGACAGGUCUUCUCGCCGGCGCAGCUGUCCUUCGCGAGCGUCAAGCUCCCCGCGGUGGGGGUCGUGCCGGUGGAGGUCGACGACGCCGCGAAGUCGGGCGCGCCGCGCCGCGCCACGGCGGGCGUGUUCGGGGUCGUCACUGGCGUCGUGGCGGGCGCGCUCAUGCUUGGACUUGUUGCGAACGGCGCGGAGAUCGUCGUUGACUCGUUGAUCGCCUUGAUCGUCUUCACCUCCCUCCUGCAAUUCCACACGGGACUCACCUGUUUCGACUUACUGAUCCGGGCGAUCAUGGUUUUCGUCUUCAGCACAGGUGUCCUUGCAGAAUCUUGGGAACGGGCGGUCGCUCUGCUGCGAAAGGACGCCUACACAAGAAUCCCCGGCCCCGGCCCCGGCUCCGAGCCCGUCGUCGACCCACUCUGA